UGCGAAAUCAUCGGUGUCAAACCGACCCUCACCCUAUGGCGCCAUUUGUACAAACUGUUCGAGAUGCCCGCCGGGGAUCAUGGACCUGGUUGGUGGUGCUUCCAGGCUCGGCGGGGCUACCGAACCGUCCUCGACUUGCCCACCUCACAGAAGGGUUUUCGUCGAGGAUUUGCCUUCGUCUACUAUGGGGGAGAAUGGGGCAUCCCCAUCGUACCUCCACCUGCCGACCCCAACCACUGCCUUAACUUCAAAGUACCCGAGCUAUCGGAAGACGAAGCAGUGGCCGCCAUCUACAUGCAAUUAGAGGCGAAGAUAGUGGACGGCGGCGAGGUUUUUGUAGCGGGGAAUUGGCUCCCAAGCUGUAAAUUGUUCAAGAAUGAGCACUUCCUCGCCGCAUUCGGCCUGAGUCCGGCCUUCCCCAAGGGUAAUUCGGCACGAGGGGGUCCGGUUGACUUGUUUGUGCUUUACUUGUUAUAUUUUUUGCUAACUGUGCUCUUCUUUUUGCAGAAGCUUCUUUGUCCUUUUUGAAGGAAACAGACCCAGAAAUGGCCGAGCGACUGACUUCUGCUGCUCUCAAGGCCGCUCGGAUCAGGGCCGAGAUGAAGGCGAACAAAAUCAACAAGCCUUCCAAGCCGAAGGAUCCUUCCAACCCCAAGCCGAGGAAGCGAAAGGAGAGGGCCGAGGAAAGGGUCGAGCUAAGAGAAAAGGCUCUGGCCAAGGCCCGAGCUGAGAAGGAGGCCUCAGCAAAAAAGGCUCGGAAGGAGCCGUCGGUGGAGGUGAACAGCCCCCGGCCCGACUCUGGAGGGGGGGACACCCAUAUCUUACUUCGUCCCUUGGACUUUGAACCUGUCCGGAGUCUGGGACAUGUUCAAGGGGCCUCCGACCCAUCUUUGGCCGAGCGCUCUUUGUCCGAGGCGCCGGUCCCCUUCACCCAAAUGUCCAAAACGGACAAGAAGAAGAGGAUCUCCGACGCACUGGAGAUCCUAUGCACUCAGACCGACCGAGAUCACAUUAAUGAGGUCAACGGGAGGAAUGAGUCGAGCGAGCUCUUCCGCUCUUGGAUGGACUUUUCCAUCCGUAUGACUAAAGUGGCCGAGGACCGGCUUGCUUUGGUCCAAGAAAUCCAAGAGCUGAGGGACGCGGCUCGGUCCCACUUUGACGAGCUGUACCGAGCCAAAGAGGACAAAAGAUUGGUCGAGCUCCGCAAGGAAGAGGUGGAGGAGAAGAUCCGAAGGGCGAGGAGGCCUGGCAAAAAGAGCAGCUGGAGUGGAAAGGAAGAGAGAGCCAACCUCUCCUUGGCUAAGGAGAAUGCUGAGUCGGCCAAGGGUCACGGCCGAAACUAA